CAGUCUCUCUCCUCUCUUUUGCAGCUAUACUUCCACUUCACCUUCAGCGCUCAGUAUUUCGUUGUUAUUUUCUUCAUUCUACACAAUCUCUUCACUUCUAUCUUCCAAUUCUCUUGUUUUUCCGUACGCUUGCUGCCUUAAACUACUACUAUUGCUAGCAAAUAGCAGUAGCAUUAAACAAAGAUUGCCCCAUUUUCUUGUUUUUAUGUUUCUAAUUCUCUCAGCAACAAGAUGUUUCCAUUUCAGAGUUACGCUGGAUUCGAGAACUGGUCGAAUCAAAGCUCCAGGUUCGUUCAAGAGCCAAACUGGGUGAGAUUAACCCACGGUGAAGAUUCAGUCGUGAGUUCAGCGUCAAAAGUGGUUGAGAAGAAACAAACGGAAGCUUGCAAAAGUCAUAAGGAAGCUGAGAGGAGACGUAGGCAGCGUAUAAACGGUCAUCUCUCUACACUUCGUACUCUUCUUCCCAACACCACUAAAACGGACAAGGCUUCGUUGUUAGCGGAGGUGGUGCGCCACGUGAAGGAGCUGAGGAGGCAAGCAGCUGACGUGGCAAGACAGGAUGGGAGCUCAUGCAGCAGCAGCAUCAGCGGGUCAUCGGAGACGGAGGCUUGGCCGUUUCCUGGUGAGUCAGACGAGUUAAGCAUCAAUUACUGUCACAAUGAAGGGAGAGUUGUAAAAGCGAGUAUAUGUUGCGAGGACAGGCCGGGUCUGAACUGGGAUCUAAGCCGGGCCAUUGGAUCAGUCGGGGCAAGACCAAUCCGAGCUGAGAUGAUGACGGUUGGUGGGAGGACGAAGAGCGUCGUCGUGAUGGAAUGGAUUGGUGGUGGCGGAGAUAAGGAGAUGGGAUUAUUGAAAAGGGCUUUGAAAGAUGUGGUGGAGAAUCGGGCCUCCGCUUAUAAAAUGGGCCAGGCCUUCCAGGGAAAUAAACGGGCUCGUAUCGGUGGUUUGCUAAACGAGAACGAUGAUGAGCAGCUUCUACUCUCCGGUGGAUUGUUGUAAAUAAAAAAAUUUUAAUAAAAUUAUAUUUACUUA